AUGAGCAAUAAUCCACAAUCGUUUUCAACUUUUCUGGUACUUAAUUCACCAAGACGAACUUUUGUCAUUCAUUACGUUAUUCCCUCAUUUGACACAGAUAUUUCUAACAAGAAGAGAUUUUUACGCGCCGACGACUUCCAUCACGGGUUACAAGAGCUCGACAAGGAGAUGGGUCACGACGAGUUCCUUGUGGGAUUUGCCCCAAUUGAGAUUAUCACUGCCGGAGGUUUCCUCGCGGUUUGCUAUCUUAAGAAUCGCGAAUCCACGGGCGAUCUCGACUACAUUAUUGACCCUGAAUGGGCUACAGACGCUGACAUUCAAGUGCCUCUGGAGAAAGCAGUAUUGGCAGUGGCGGAAAAGUGUGGUUUCAAUAAUGAUUGGAUGAAUCAAGAGAUGGGUUUAUUCACAACCAAGGCAACCGAUAAGCGGCUCUUUGAACAGGCAAAGAAAGAAGACUUGGUUCUUUUUAGAGGCGAGCAUAUAAUAGUGUAUGCAGCUCCGAUUGAAUGGGGCUUGGAAAGAAAGUUGCGAAGGAUCUACGUCGGUGGCAGGGAGCGCAAGACCGAGUUUGAUAUGAGCGACGCAGUGGCCAUGCUGAAGUAUUUGAAGGACACAAAAGGUCCACUGGACAGAGAGUAUAUUCGGACGCUUAACAUGAACGGAUUUGAUGUGGUGCCCGAUGACAAUGCCAUGAAUCAGUCUUUCCAACCUCCUUACUGCACCCCAUAA